GUUUAACCUCCGUUCGCUCCCGACAGAAUCCCUUGUUUUUGUCCUCAAAAGUUUGAUAUCGGUUUCCACUGUGUGGAUUUAGUGUUUUUAGUGUUCAGUGCAUGUUUUAAAGUGAUAAUCGUCGUCGGCCCCGUCGUUUUUCCCCGUUCACGCCGGUAUGGAGGCCGGAUGGGCCCGGAUGGUCCGCGGUGUAAGCGGGGGGAAGCCGAUUUUUUAUUGGUAUCGCUCAGAAUCGUUUUUUGCUAGCUGAGCAAAUUAUUGGUUAUUUUUCUUCUUUGUACGUGGUGGUCGUUGACCAGAAGCGAAAAUCCUUGACGGAAGUCGGCAAUGGGCGAAUGAUCCUAGCAGUCGAGCCCAACAUUUUUUGUGAAACGGAUAAUUGUAUUGAAUGUGUGCUUUUGAGAUAAUGGUAUUGUAUUAAGUCCGGAUUGAGCCAGGUGUUUGUGGUGUCCACAUUUUUGGGUUAAAAAAUUAAGUUAAAUUUUAAUAUGGAGAAAGACAAGAGCAGGGGGUUAAAGCAUAUAAAGGACAAAAGAAAAUACAAAGAUAAUUCUAGAAAAAAUUCAAAAUAUAUUCCUCCUAAACACAAGCAGAUUGAGUCCCACAAUUGGCACCGAUAUGAUAAAGAAGACUUGGAUAACUAUUCAUUCAGUAAUGAGAUCAAUUUACCGACACAUACAAAGAAUGAUAUUGAAGCUACCAGUUUUGAGUUACUGUCUCAUGUUCCAAUAUCCAUUGGAGGUCAUUUUGAGUCUAAGAGGGAUAAAGAUAUCCAUGAGGAGGUUAAAAACCAAAGGGCUAAUAGUUUGUUUUAUUUAAAUCUCGAUGUACUCCAACAGGGGAUUUUACUUGUACCUUUUAAUGAAAGAGUUGGAAUUGAGAGGACCUAUUUCCAGGAUGAAGAACUCAUUAAAAUGGACAAAGAAGCCAAUGAAAUGUCUUUAAAACUGCUACAAUCCAUAGAGCCCACCGUAGAAAUAACAAAGAAUAGUUCCUCAUCAGGCGAAAAUUUGUUGAUAUCCAAUUCUGAUGAAAUUAGAAGAUUGCAAUUAAAUGAAGAUUUAUCCAGAGGUGUAUUAAGUGAUGGAUUAAAAAAUAACUCAAUCAAACCCACCAAAGAAACUGUAUUCACUAUGGAUUCAAGGAAAGAUGUAGAUGAAGAUCUUGAUAAGUGGUUGGAUGAUAUUUUGGAGAACUAAUCUUUGGUGCAGUUGCCGAGAUUUCUUUUAUUCCAAUAGAAAUUUUGUACAUUUUUGUAAACAGUGAUUAAUAUUUAUGUAAAGAGAAAAUGAAAUCCAGUAGUUUGAACCAAAGCUUAAAUUGAUAUGUGUUGUUUAAAAACAAGGUUGCCAGCAUUGUGUUGACGUAAAGUUACUAUCUUUAGUUGGCAAUAGAUGUACAGUAUCCAGCACAUCAUUUUUAUGUAGCCAUUCUUGAGAAAUAAGAAGAUUCUAGCAACGCAUGCGCCUUGCCUUAGUUUAAAGUUUCAGGUUUCUAAAAAGAUUUGAAAAGUUUUCUUGGCAUUGAAUCAUUAAGAUUAUUGUUGUUUAGGUAUUGUACCUAGUACUGGUUAAUUAUUUACAACAUUAGCUUUUGUUUCUUGGUCCUUGUUUCUUUUUAUACUAACAAAAAUGAACGUUCAACUUAAAAAGCGUUUUGCAAAUUUUCCGUCCGGAAUAGAAGCUCUUUUUGGAUAUAAAAAAAAUCGGUUUAAUGAGAUUUAAACCUAUGUUUUAAGCAACAGAGAAAAAAUAAUAAGUGUUAAAUUAGAUGUGAAGAAGAAGCCUUACAUCAUUUAAUUAAAAUCUUAUAAAUAAGGAUUGUAUGUUAGAAAGCGAGUUUAACAGAACUGAUGUUUAAUUCAAGGUUACCUGCUAACCUUAGCCAGGUGUUCAAUUCAAAAGCAUUUUAAAUUGUAUUCCUAUACAUUGACAAACUCAUUUUGUUUGCAAAAUUGCAGAAAUCGCUCAUUUGUACCACAAUCUUCUAUAGCGCCGUUGUUAUCCAGGGCCAUGUCGGGUUACGAUAAUAAAACAAAAACUGUCCAUUUCCUUCAUUGACUUUCUUCGUCCUACUCCAAAAAAAUAUCCCGACAUCAAGUCAGAGUACUUUACACCUUUCAAAAAAACUUGUUGAUAUGCCAAUUGGCUUGCUGUAUCUGCUUAUAUACUGUUUGAGGCGGACGCCUGUUGUAAAACAGAAGGGAUCAUUCUUUUCAGCACGUGUACCACAAGUCAAGGCAAGAACUGUGCCGUGCGCACCGUUGUAUUUUAAAAGUAGAGAAGUUUUCUUUGAUUGCACUGUUUUAUUAAUUCAUAUUAGUGUGCUUUUUAUAAAUCUUCCUAAAACUGUUUCCACUUGAGGUAGCUCCAUUUCAAGUUGAAUUUGCCCAUAACAUUGUUUU